ACCCACGGGGCCUGUAUCUAGUGUGUAUAAUCUGACGGAAUGCUGGUUAAGCAGCAGUCUAUCCACGGUGACGCUGACGCAUAUGCGGUAUCCGCGUCACUGGUCCCCGAGUUGCGUGACUCCGGUCCCCGGGAGAAUCGAUCGCGCGCAGUCAAAAUCCGCGAGUCGCCACGUGCGAAGUGUCACUUUUGCUAAAGUCGAAUAAUUUAAAAAAAAUUACAAGACAAUAGCCCGCAGAGACAAUAUGGUUCCUGAGGAAUAAACUAGUCAAAAGUUACAUCGCGAAUAGUUACAAGAAAAUCAUAAUCUCGUUCGCCAGAUAUCGUGCAAUUUAGGAUAAAGGUGAAGACAUUUUAAAUACAAAUUUUUGAAAUAAUAUAUAAUUAAAAUAAGUGAGUUUUUUUGUGAAUAACGAAUUUGGACAUAUCAUUUCGUGACCAGCGAAAUUCGACGAAUUUUUCAAAGUCUGGUGCUUUGUAAAGUGACUUCAAUCGUGUCUGAUGAGGAGGACAUACGCAAGGACGUACAUUGAAACGGAAGGACAUUGAAUAUUCUCACAUUCCUCGGUCAUAUUCUUCAGUCAACAAAGGUCUUUCCGCCUCUCCAUUAUCUAUCUCAUUGACGGACUUAUGACUGGUUUAAAGUAAUAAGAAUCGAAGCGGCUUCCAAGGUCGAUCGAGGCCAAAUGGAAUCAUUGAAUCAGAAUCGCGACGCCUUCGGUAUGGCUGCUACAGAUACCUGGUUCCCUCAUGUCAUGGACAACGCCACGCAAAACGCCAUGAUCGAUGCGGAAUUUUCAAGAUUCCCGAAACCUUUGAGAACUUUUGCGGCAGUAGUGGCGAUCAUCAUCAUGCUUAUUGGUCUAGCUGGUAAUUUACUGACGAUUGUUGCUUUAUGUAAAUAUCCCAAAGUUCGCAACGUUGCAGCGGCUUUUAUUAUAAGUUUAUGCAUCGCGGACUUUGUGUUUUGUCUGCUGGUGUUGCCGUUCGAUUCCAUCAGAUUUGUCAACGCCAGCUGGACGGACAUCCGAUUCUUCUGUGUCUUCGUGCCUUUCUUCAGGUACGGAAACGUCGGUGUGAGUCUUCUGUCUGUAGCAGCUAUCACUAUCAACAGAUACAUUAUGAUAGCACAUCACGCCAUAUAUGGCAGAGUUUAUAAGAAAUUUUGGAUCGCCGCGAUGAUAAUUUUUUGCUGGGUGUUCUCUUACGGGAUGCAGAUACCUACGUUGUUAGAAGUGUGGGGUAAAUUCGAUUAUGAUAACAAUCUCGAAACUUGCUCCAUCGUCAAGGAUCGUAAUGGUCAUACCCCCAAGACAUUUCUCUUCAUCAUGGGAUUCCUAAUACCCUGUGUGGUGAUCGUCGGCUGUUACGCCAAGAUAUUCUGGGUGGUGCACAAAUCAGAAUCGCGAAUGCGAAAGCACACUACGCCAACGAUAAAAUCCCCUCAUACGCCUGGGAAAGACAUCAGGGAGCUGAAGCAGAAGCGUAGCGAGUGGAGAAUCACGAAGAUGGUUCUGGUGAUCUUCAUCAGCUUCCUCGCGUGCUACCUGCCGAUCACCAUCGUCAAGGUGGCCGACGCGGAGGUCAGAUGUCCCGAAUGUCACGUUUUGGGAUACCUGCUUUUGUACUUCGCGUCAUGCGUGAAUCCGAUCAUCUACGUGAUCAUGAACAAGCAGUACAGACAGGCGUAUGCCGGGGCGAUUGGUUGCUCGUGGAUAAGGGCGAGCUUGACGCCAUAUGGCAGCAGCGCGCCGGGUGCUGGUCUUCAGGCUCAUCAUCAGGACUACGUCCAAGAUUAUUCGAAGGACUUCAGUAAAACGAUGGUGUCGACGGUCUCUAUCGCUAUGAAUCCUGUGAGAAAUUCGCAACUCCAGGACGAGCUGUAAUAGACUGAGACGAAAAGAACGAGAAGAUAUCAAACGUUUUUCGACAAACAAGAUAUCAACGUUCUUCUGUUGAAAGAAGAUAAAAGAGAGAGAAAGAAGAGCUUUGUGACUGUGUUAUCGAACCAUUCGUAUUUUCGUAUCACGUUCACAGUAUGAUAUAAUAAUAUACGUUCUAUAAAUUAUUUAUUCUUUCGCAAAACAGC